GUGUUGUGUGAGACGACUGUGAGUGCCAUUGGAAUUGGAAGUAGGCUGCGCCAAAGAGAAAGUUAUGGAGAAGAAAGAGGAGACCCAAGGCCAAGGCCAAGGCCAAGAACCAGAGCAAGAGCAGGUGGUCAAUCCAUGGGAGGUAUCGGCCAAAGACGGAGGCAAGAUAGACUACGACAAGCUCAUCGACCAGUUCGGUUGCCAGAGACUAGACCAGUCCCUCAUCGACCGUGUUCACCGUCUCACCUCUCGCCCUCCCCACGUUUUCCUCCGUCGUGGUGUCUUCUUCGCUCACCGGGACUUCAAUGAUAUUCUGGAUGCGUACGAGAGAGGCCAGAAGUUUUAUCUCUAUACUGGACGAGGUCCAUCUUCUGAGGCUCUGCAUUUGGGCCAUCUCAUUCCCUUUAUGUUCACCAAAUACUUGCAAGACGCGUUUAAGGUUCCUCUGGUCAUACAGCUCACUGAUGACGAGAAAUGUAUGUGGAAAAAUCUCUCCGUAGAGGAAAGUCAGAGACUUGCUCGGGAGAAUGCUAAAGACAUUAUUGCUUGUGGGUUUGACAUUUCGAGAACCUUCAUCUUCAGUGAUUUUGAUUACGUUGGUGGUGCAUUUUACCAAAAUAUGGUGAGGGUGGCUAAAUGUGUCACUUUAAAUAAGGUUACUGGGAUUUUUGGUUUUUCUGGAGAGGAUCAUAUUGGGAAAAUUAGUUUUCCACCAAUCCAGGCUGUGCCAUCGUUUCCUAGUUCAUUUCCACAUAUUUUCCAGGGUAAAGAUAAUCCCCGUUGCUUAAUUCCUUGUGCAAUUGACCAGGAUCCUUAUUUCAGAAUGACACGAGAUGUUGCUCCUCGCUUAGGAUAUCACAAGCCUGCACUGAUUGAAUCAUCAUUCUUUCCUGCCUUGCAGGGUGAGACAGGAAAAAUGUCUGCUAGUGAUCCAAAUUCUGCCAUAUAUGUCACUGAUUCUGCAAAGGAUAUUAAGAACAAGGUGAACAAGUAUGCAUUCUCUGGUGGACAAGAUUCUAUAGAGAAACACAGAAAGUUAGGAGCCAAUCUUGAGGUUGAUAUACCAAUCAAAUACCUUGGUUUUUUCCUAGAGGAUGAUGCAGAGCUUGAACACAUUAGGACGGAGUAUGGUGCGGGCCGCAUGCUAACUGGUGAGGUGAAGCAACGACUCAUUCAAGUUUUGUCCGAAAUCGUAGAAAGACAUGGUAAAGCUAGAGCUGCUGUUACAGAUGAGAUGGUGGAUGCAUUUAUGGCAGUGAGGCCUCUUCCCAAUAUGUUCAACUGAAGUAUGAGACAGAACUUACCCACGCCCCUAGUGUCUAAGAAUGUGCCAUUUACUGGCUCUAUUCUUUUUUAAAUAUAACCUUAAGCUAAGCACAGUUUUGGAACAUUUUUUUGGAGUAAGAGUUCCGUUUAUUUAAUCACAAUUCUAGUUGAACACAACUUUUCCAUAGUUGAUUACAGUUUAGACAAUAAAAACGAUAACAUUAGCUUUUUUUUAAUUAUUUAUUUUAAUGUUCUCGUGAUCCAAUUUCUUUUGCUGAAAACUACAGUUUGUAAAGGUUUAUUUGUAUGGAAACCCUUUUGCCCAAUACAA